AUGUUGUACAUUUGUUUCAUUUUUCUAUCUUUUUGUAUCAAAUAUUUUUGUAGCAAGAAAGGUAAUAAUAAUUCUUUAUGGAUAAUAUCGUGUUCUCUUUAGUUUAUCUUCUAAACACAUUGGAUGCCAAAACGGAGCUGAACUGGCAGACCUACAGCUCAGGAGGAACUCAGAGGGCAAGUUCUUUCGGUUUACUCUUCUUCUGAUUUCCAUAUGAAAGGCUUCUCAAGUAUAAUGUAAAUUAUUGUUCUUUAGUGGAUGGAGGAGACGUAUCGUAGUUUCGACAAUCGUUCAGUCAAUCAACAAGCAUAUUCCACCUGCUCCACCGAUCACAGUGUUCAUUUCGAGAACUGGUUGUUGUUGCCGAAUGUAAAUAAACAAAAGGAGGCCAGAUUGUUUAUCGAGUUCAAGUUCUCCAUGAGGAGAUGCUCUUCUUAUCCCCGAUUGUCCAUUUAUUGCAAAGAGACCUUGAAUGUGUAUGCUUAUGGAGUGCCAAAGGGUCAGUCGAUGAGUGCGCUGGAUUGGCAUAAUAGGACGGAAUGGAGAUUUUUCCACACGAUUACACCUAAUAAUGAUUAUGGCGAGAUCUUCUACUCGGUUGGAGUGUAUGAUGGUAACUACGAAUCCAUUUACUUUGCCAUUCGGGACUCUGGAGCUUGUUCUUCUUUGCUAUACAUUCAGGUUAGUGGAUAUUGCACUUGAUUGGUUUAAAUCUGACGUUUUCAGAUCUAUUACCUUGUGUGUCCCCCAUCAUUGCAUCAGCUGGUCCAUUUACCUCAAGUUAUUGUGUCAAAGGAGACGAAGACUGUUCAGGGGACUUGUCAAUAUUACCCAAAAGAUAUUAAGAUAAACCAUCCGAGAUUUCUUUGUACUUCUGACGGUCGUUGGCAAUCUUUAAUAAAUGAAUGCGGAUGCCCAUCAGGUUAUCAGCCGAAAGACGAUCAAUGUCAAGGUAGGUCAAUUUUUUGCUCUGUUUGAGGCUGUAUUAUAAUUUUCCAAAGAAAGAAGUUGUUAGCCCACUCUGUAUUUUUGAAUGUACUAUGUCUUUCAGAAUGCCCAGUCAAUUUCUAUAGCCCUUCUUACGAUGUUUUACCGUGUCUAGCGUGUCCAGUCGGGUCUACCUCAUCUAAAACAGGAUCUUCGCAAUGUAAAUGCAAGUCCGGACACGUUCGAUCGAAUCCAGAUGAAACUGAAGGGGAAUGUUAUUUGUUGUCGCUUCUUCGAGAUAUCAGAACUUCUCAAAUGGACUCAAAUUUUGAAGGAGACAGUGGGAAAGUGAUCAUUAUACUAGUUUCCUCUCUGGUGGUUGUCCUUAUUUUAUGCGUAGCCAUCGUCUCUUAUCUUGUGCAAUCGAAAUUGCGGAUGAAACAGGAUACGGACGACAGUUUGCCCAAUCCAGAGAGUAAAGAAUGUAUGUGAAUACAAUUUCUGACUAUACUGUUUGUGAAUUAUUCAUGACAUUGCUGAUAUUAUUUUAGCUGAUCGGAGUACCCGGCACUCAGUUUCCUCCAUGACGUCACCUCCCACCCCUAAAUCAGGUAUCUCCACAUACAAUUGUUUAUGCUGUCCAUUGCAGUAACUCUUUUCCCGGCUUUUAUGACUGGGAACAACAAGCCAGGAGUGUUGAUGUAUGUGGAUCCACUGACUUACGACGAUCCUUCCAAAGCUCUCGCCGACUUUGCCAAUGAAAUUCCUCGAGAAAUGAUCGAAUUGGCCAGAACAAUUGGAUCCGGACACUUUGGAGAAGUCUGUUGUGGUAGAUUGAGGGUCGAAUCGACCUAUUGUAAUGUCACAAAUAUGGUCCAACAGAUUGUCGCCGUUAAAAUGCUACAUCCAGGAGUGGCGGGAAAAGCGAGAACCGACUUCUUGAUGGAAGCGUCAAUCAUGGGGCAGUUCGACCACGAGAAUGUUGUCCAUCUGGUGGGUGUUACAACCAAAACGGAGCCGGUGAUGAUCAUCACAGAGUACAUGCUGAAUGGAUCUUUGGAUAAAUUCCUAAGAAGCAACGACAAUGGAAAGUUUUCACUCUAUCAAUUGUUGAUGAUGAUGCACAAUGUCGCCUCUGGAAUGAAAUAUUUGACAGGAAAAGGAUUUGUUCACAGAGUAUGUACAUUAAUAUUGCAUCACAUUAUAUUACACAUGAUCAUUACGUCAAAUUCACCAAUAAUUACAUUAUUUCAGGAUUUGGCAGCUCGGAAUGUUCUCGUUGAUGAUCGUUUGACCUGCAAAAUUGCGGAUUUUGGCCUGAGUCGGAAGGUCCGAUCAAAAGAUGACCGGGAGUACACUACAACCGGAGGCAAGAUCCCUGUAAGAUGGACGGCACCUGAGUGUAUUGCCCAUCACAAGUUCACGUCGGCCUCAGACGUCUGGAGUUAUGGCAUCGUGAUGUGGGAGAUCUGCUCAUUUGGAGAAAGACCAUAUUGGGAUUGGUCUAAUUCAAGAGUAAUUGAAGAGGUGAAGAAUGGAUUCAGACUCCCGAAGCCGAUGGACGCUCCAGACAGACUUUUCGACAUCAUGGGGAAAUGUUGGCAACAUCAGCGGCAUGAGAGACCCUCCUUCACUGACCUUGUCACCGAGUUGAACAGCUUCAUUCAAGAGAUCCAAGAAUACCAACAGAACCUUGAAAGGUCAGUUCUUUUGCGAAAAAUAUAGUAUGUAAGAAGCAGGAGAGUUUAUAGUUUGUUUUGACUGGGUCUAACGAUUGUCACAUCUUUUCGCUUAGAGAUCAAAUAUUACGUUUUUCCUUUCCGUUAGAUCAGGUAUUACGUUUUUCUACUCCGAUAGGUAAAGUCUAGCUCUUUGAACUGCAAACUGAGUCGAAAAGAGUGAUAAUCGCCCGCGUACUUUGGUGUUUGUGCAGCGAUCGGACAUAGCAAUUGUUUGAAAAAUGCGAGAGUGAAAAAUCUGAGAAGAUUGGAUUUGUGGUAUAUAAUGCGUGACAAUCAUUCCAAAUUCCGAAACUAUUGUGUAAAACGGAUCAAGGUAAUCUCUAUUUUGGUUCUCCCGCUCUUGUUUAGCCCUGAAUUGAAUUUGACGAAAGUUCUGAGCCGAAAGAACUCCCCAUUCAUCUUUCCGAAAGGGCCAAAGGCCAUGAAAUGGCUGUCACGUGGUUUGAUGUUUAUGCUGUUCUCUGGAGUGUUCUCUCCCUAACAUAACAAACUAGUAGCUGUUGUCCAGAAACAGCGUCAUUCCGAAAAAGCUAGGCGAAUUUCUGCAAUGUCUUCUUUGACAGAUGAUAAUCGCCCUAUUUUUUUUGUUGGUGUGUAAUGUGAAGAGUGAAUUGCUAUCUCUGAGAUUCAUUAUGCUUUAUGAUUUGGAAUAUGAAGUUCAACCUUUUUUAAGAAGGCGUUGGUAUUUUAAAAUGUAUUGUAGUCAUCUUUAUUGCCCUGUUAGAACAUAAACUACGAAGAAUCCGAAAUUCAUAUGAAAAAAAACUAUUUUUAGAUGUUGCUAAUGAGACUUUGACAAUAUAAGACUAAUCGGCUUUAUAAACUCCGUCUAAUUUUGGUCUCCUUUAUGCAGUCAUAUUUUUUCUCGUUGUAGGAUUAUAUCUUUUGAAGGAUUACGUUUUUUCUCCCGUAUUAUGUGACACAAACGUCAAAUUUUAUGAUUUUUUUUCAGAAGCUUCGGCGACAUCAGCACGCCGGACACUCCCAACACUCCGACCUCAAGGAAAUCGGUGAUGGACUUGUAA